AUGACGUCAUCGUAUAGACGCCCGAGAUCCUACGUCACAUGUUGUUGUUGUGACCUCCUGCAAGGUCACCCGCCUCCUGCAAGGUCACCCGCCUCCUGCAAGGUCACCCGCCUCCUGCAAGGUCACCCGCCUCCUGCAAGGUCACCCGCCUCCUGCAAGGUCACCCACCUCCUGCAAGGUCACCCACCUCCUGCAAGGUCACCCACCUCCUGCAAGGUCACCCACCUCCUGCAAGGUCACCCACCUCCUGCAAGGUCACCCACCUCCUGCAUGGUCACCCACCUCCUGCAUGGUCACCCACCUCCUGCAUGGUCACCCACCUCCUGCAUGGUCACCCACCUCCUGCAUGGUCACCCACCUCCUGCAAGGUCACCCGCCUCCUGCAUGGUCACCCACCUCCUGCAAGGUCACCCGCCUCCUGCAAGGUCACCCGCCUCCUGCAAGGUCACCCACCUCCUGCAAGGUCACCCACCUCCUGCAAGGUCACCCACCUCCUGCAAGGUCACCCACCUCCUGCAUGGUCACCCACCUCCUGCAUGGUCACCCACCUCCUGCAUGGUCACCCACCUCCUGCAUGGUCACCCACCUCCUGCAAGGUCACCCACCUCCUGCAAGGUCACCCGCCUCCUGCAAGGUCACCCGCCUCCUGCAAGGUCACCCACCUCCUGCAAGGUCACCCGCCUCCUGCAAGGUCACCCGCCUCCUGCAAGGUCACCCGCCUCCUGCAAGGUCACCCGCCUCCUGCAUGGUCACCCACCUCCUGCAUGGUCACCCACCUCCUGCAUGGUCACCCGCCUCCUGCAAGGUCACCCGCCUCCUGCAUGGUCACCCACCUCCUGCAUGGUCACCCGCCUCCUGCAAGGUCACCCGCCUCCUGCAAGGUCACCCACCUCCUGCAAGGUCACCCGCCUCCUGCAAGGUCACCCGCCUCCUGCAAGGUCACCCGCCUCCUGCAAGGUCACCCGCCUCCUGCAAGGUCACCCGCCUCCUGCAAGGUCACCCGCCUCCUGCAAGGUCACCCACCUCCUGCAAGGUCACCCGCCUCCUGCAAGGUCACCCGCCUCCUGCAAGGUCACCCGCCUCCUGCAAGGUCACCCGCCUCCUGCAAGGUCACCCGCCUCCUGCAAGGUCACCCGCCUCCUGCAAGGUCACCCGCCUCCUGCAAGGUCACCCGCCUCCUGCAUGGUCACCCGCCUCCUGCAUGGUCACCCGCCUCCAGCAUGGUCACCCGCCUCCUGCAAGGUCACCCGCCUCCUGCAAGGUCACCCGCCUCCUGCAAGGUCACCCGCCUCCUGCAAGGUCACCCGCCUCCUGCAUGGUCACCCGCCUCCAGCAUGGUCACCCGCCUCCUGCAAGGUCACCCGCCUCCUGCAAGGUCACCCGCCUCCUGCAAGGUCACCCGCCUCCUGCAAGGUCACCCGCCUCCUGCAUGGUCACCCGCCUACUGCAAGGUCACCCGCCUCCUGCAAGGUCACCCGCCUCCCUAAGCUCACCCAUAAUAUAAUCAGAAAUAGAGAAAAUGAAUAA